AUGCCUUCCAUCAACACUAUCAUCACUGCCCUCGUGGCUGGUCUUACCAUUGGAGCUCAAGCUGGCCCUUGUAGACCUCAUCCUCCUUCAAGCUCUGUUGUCCAGUCUCAGGUGACCACUACCGCAUAUGCUCAACCUACCGCUGGGACUUCUAUCGUAUACUCUGAUGCUGCGAGCAAGUUUGAAACCGAUGCUUCUCUUUCUACUACUGCUGUACAAGCUACCAGCUCUGAAAAGACCAAGGCCAUACCUGUCACCGCUGAUGACGAGACCACUACAACUGGCUACCCUGCUGCAGAGACUACCUCUGUUAUUUCAGAUUCUUUUUCCACCGAAUCCGCCGUCGAAUCUACCACUACUGCUCAGGAGACCACAUCCUCUCCUCCUUCCACCACGCAAGAGAACAGCUCAACUCUUCUCGCCACUACUUCGGCCCCCUCAACUACCUCGCAAGCUGAGGAUGUUCCUUCAAUCACUGCCGCUCCCACAACUACCUCCGAGCCUACUGCCACAACAUCUCAAGCUUCCACCACAACAUCCGAAGCCUCCACUUCCAGCUGUGCAAACAAGUCCAACCUCGCCUGCGGCAAGACGGGAUUCCUUACCAAGAGCGUCAGAAAGCUCCUCGAUGUUGUUUACGACCAGGAUCUCGAAGAAUGCAAGGCUGAUUGCGAAGCGAAUGAUGAGUGCGAGGCCAUUGGUAUUACUACAAGUGGCCAGUGCGAACUCUACGAAGCCGACAUCUCUGACAUGGGAUUUGAGGGUCGGGAUUCAUGGUACUACUCCGUCUACGAUGCUUGCUGCUUUGAGAAUGAGCAAUAA